AACAUCAGCAGAAGCAGGUUGUUUCUGCUCGUCUGUCUCGAGGUGAGCAGAGGAAGAGAGAGAGUGAGAGACACAGACGGCCAUCUAUCUUUCUUUCUCUCUCUCUCUCUCUCUUCAACUCUCUGUAAGGCUCUGGUGUCUGUGGCGCAUCUUCUGUCCAAACCAUGACGUCCCCCCCGUCCCCGCUGGCCUCCCCGUCCCCGUGUCCUCCUCCCCCUCCCUCGCUCCCGUCCUCCCCCACGCUCUCGUCUCCCGCCCCGUCCUCGCUCCCCCUGCCGCCCGCUCUGCCGCCCACUGGAGAGGUCAUGGUUCUGGCUCUGGGCCGUAAGAAGCAGCGGCUCCUCAUCGCUCUCUCCAUUCUGCCCAACCUCUUCCUGGCGUUCCUGCUGUCCUCCGACCCGCUCCUGACCCUGGCCCCGCCCUUCCGCUGUCGUCUCCCGGGACCCUCGCCCGCUCCUCAGGUGACCAACAUCUCCGUGAGGACGGAGAAGAGAGAUGGAGACCUGCCCCAGUGCAAGCAGUUCGUCAACGGCACGCGGUCGGGUGUGAAGGACUGUGACGCUGGAUACGACUACAACGUCACCGAAGGCCUGACCCAUAACAUCGUCACAGAGUGGGAUCUGGUGUGUUCGCGGUACUGGCUGGUUCCAGUCGAGGAGGUGUGCUUCAUUCUGGGGACGCUGACCGGCUGUCUGGGUUUGGGAUACAUGGCUGACCGGCUGGGCAGACACAAGUCUCUGCUGGUGUCUCUGAUGCUGGCGGUGGUUUUCGGGGUGCUGGCGUGUGUGUCGCCCUCGCCGCCCGUCUUCAUCACCAUGCGCUUCUGUCUGGCCGCGGCGAGCGCUGGCGUCUACCUCACGCUAUACGUCACACGUGUGGAGCUGUGUGACCCCUCGCUGCGGCUGCUGGCCACGAUGAUGUCCGGUCUGACCGUGUUUGCGGGCGAGCUCCUGUUGUUGGCUGUGGCCCUCGGCUGUGGCUCCUGGAGGGGCCUUUUAGGAACCGGAGCUGCUCCUCUGUCAUUGUUCCUGUGCUACGGGAUCCCGGGAGUGUUUCCUGAAUCGCCGCGCUGGCUUCUGCUCUCCGAGAGAACGGGAGACAUGAACUCCUUCACCGAACGGCAGAGAGACGAAGACAGCUUCACGGAGCUGGACACAGACUUGUCCUCGUCUCCUGGACGUCCUCGUCUGUCCUUCCCAGAGCUGCUGCACAGCAGAAACAUCUGGAAAAACCUGUGUGUGCUGGGAUUCACUUCGUUCAUCUCUCAUGGCAUCAGUCACUGCUACAGCUCCUUCAGAGGUGAUGUCAGAGGAUUCACCCCCAGUUUCUAUUGGACGUACCUGCUGUCUGUAUGUGCAGGGGGCGGGGCCUGGCUGUUGCUCUGGGCAACAGUGGACAGGUUUGGUCGUCGUGGAAUUCUUCUUCUAGCCAUGACCUUGACCGGACUGGCGUCCCUAAUCCUGCUCGGACUCAUGGACUAUCUGAGUGAGUCAGCCAUGACUGUGUUCUCUAUAAUGGGCCUGUUCUCGUCCCAAGCAGCCGCCUCCCUCUCUAUUCUCUUCACCGCUGAAGUCAUGCCCACCAUCAUCAGAGGAAGUGGUGUGGGAGCGGUCAUGGCUUUGGGAUGCGUGGGUCGCCUCAGUUCUCCUCUCAUGGAUCUGCGUAAUCACUACGGCUACUUCCUGCACCAUGUGGUCUACUCGUCUCUGGCCCUGCUGGCGGUCCUCUCCAUCCUGCUUCUCCCGGAGAGCAAACGCAAACCCCUUCCACAGACGCUGGCGGAUGGAGAACAGUACCGCCGGCCUCCACUGGUGCGAAGACGUAGAGAUAACGUUCCUCUUCUGGCUACGCCCAACCCAGAGACCUAGCCUUCACUCUUCAACUGCAAAUACUGAGGGACUGACCUCGGAGUCCCGUCCUAAUACUCCUGUAUUUGUAGUCAUUCCUAACAGGUGUCGGUGGAGUCAUGGCACAUGGACCCAUCAUGUAAGAGUUGAAGGGACCGCGUCCACAGAGUACUCAAACGCUUGUCAGCGCUCAGUGGCAUAAACCAUGAGACAAGGGCAUACUCUUGACUAAACAUUGAAUUCUGACCCAUGUAGCAUUCGGUGACUUAUAAGUAAUAUAUUAGACCAAUAUGAGACAAGGGCUCAAAUGGUAGUUUUGAAAUCUAUUUAUCCCUGUGAAAACAGGCUUAAGUUCUCACUCCAGAUGGAAUUGUUCUCUUGGUUCUUUUACACGUUGCUGCUAAGAAUGGCGCGCCCAGAGGAUCGCUGAAGAACUGAUCAGUGCUUCAAAGAUCGUUUAUGUGCACUCUGAUUAGACUGAGGCAUGAUACCAGAAACACUUAUUACUGUAUGUUACACGUCACUCUUUGUUAAAGGAAUAUUAUAGGAAUGCAACUUGAGUUAUACUGUACGUACAGAAGCUGGGAUGUCUUGUCAAUUACUCCAUUUUAUGUCUCUAUUGCACGGCCAGGUGUUAUUUUUUAAAGAACCGAUUAAAAAACAUAAUAUAUAAAAACAUAUAUCCUCCAGAUUUCUGCUUUUAACCCCUCUUGUGCAACAUCCAUUCUUUUACCGUUCACUUAUCCUGUUUUGUACAAACUAAGAGAGGAGGAAAGUUGUAAUAAACCUGUAAUAUUCCUCUAAUGAGGAUGAUUGAAAUCACACUGAUCGUAACGUCCCUUAUUUCUGUUGCUUACCUUAAACAUGAAGAGUAUGAUAAUAGAGGGAAGAAACGCACAGGUUCAUUUGAAUAUUGACACGGUCAGGAUUUAUUUGUGUCUGAUGUCUUUCUGUUUUGUCUUUGCCUAUUGCAUUUUCAGUCUGAUUAUGAAAUAAGGAACAUUUGUAGCUUUCUCUUGUAAACGCGUCUUUGUGUUAGAUUCUUUAAAAUGCACUUAAUAGUUCUGAAUUGUUAGUAAUAAUUUAAUUAUUACUACUACUUUAAUAAUAAAGGAUAGUAGUAAUAAGUCUGAUGAUUGCGCAACACUUUCUAAACAAUGCUGUAAUUAUUAAUUAAUCUUUAAUCAACUCUAAUUACAAAUAAAAUCUGGUAAAACCA